AUGAACGAAGAUAAUGCUCGUUUCUGCCUGCUGGCCGGCCUCAUCCUCCUCUACUUGUUGUGUGGGGCGGCCAUCUUCUCGGCGCUGGAGCACCCCUUCGAGGUCCGCGCCCGUCUGCUCUGGAAACAGCGGCUGGACAACUUCACCCGGCGGUACAGGGUCAACCUGGGCGCCCUGCACACGCUCCUGCGGCAGUACGAGGAGGCCAACGGAGCUGGGAUUAGAGUGGACCGGCUCAGGCCACGCUGGGACUUCUCUGGUGCUUUCUACUUCGUGGGCACCGUGGUCUCCACCAUUGGUUUCGGCAUGACGACUCCAGCAACCAUAGCGGGGAAGAUAUUCUUAAUUUUCUACGGCCUCAUCGGUUGUGCUGCCACCAUCCUCUUCUUCAACCUGUUCCUGGAGAGGAUCAUCACGAUGCUGGCUUACAUCAUGCGCUGGUGUCACGAGCGUCGGCUGAGGUUCGGUGGCGCGGUGGUGACGGCGAGCAGGGAGGAGUCAUCUGGCGAGGAGGACAGCCUCGAAGGCUGGAAACCUUCCGUUUAUUACGUGAUGUUGAUCCUGGGAGUGGCGUCUGUGGUGAUCGCCUGCAGCGCCUCCACCCUGUACAGCUCCAUGGAGAACUGGAGCUACGUGGACUCGCUCUAUUUCUGCUUCGUGGCCUUCAGCACCAUCGGCUUUGGGGACCUGGUGAGCAGCCAGAGAGAGCACUACGAGUCCCACGGUGCCUACCGGCUGGGGAACUGCCUUUUCAUCCUCAUGGGAGUCUGUUGCAUCUACUCACUUUUCAACGUCAUUUCUAUUGUUAUCAAGCAAACUCUCAACUGGAUCCUGGAGAAGCUCGCCUGCUCAGGGAAACAUCGGCCCUGUUCCUGCUGCGGACGUGGCUGCUUGUGGCUCUGCUGCCCCUGCCUCAAGAGCAAGAAUCAGCACCGGCGGCGUCCGCCUGCCAACCUCAGGCUGAAAUGCGACGGCUCUGUGGAGACCGUGUGUGGCAGCGACACGGACGCUGGUCUGGCAGACGAAGUGCACGUGGGGCGUCGUCUGUCGGGGGAGAUGAUCUCUGUCAAUGAGUUCAUGGUGUCAAACAAGGUGUCUCUGGCGCUGCUGCAGAAGCAGCUGAGUGAAACGGCUCACCAAGGCCCGCGGCAGAGCCACGGCCACCAAAAUGGAUUCUCCGGUGGGGUGGGAGCCCUGGCCAUAAUGAACAAUCGCCUACAGGAAACCAGUGUGGAUAGAUAG